AUGGACACCCUGCGGGAGACCCUCCUCAGUCUCGAAGACGGCCUGGGCUCCUCGGCCAGCCCCGGGCUGCUGUCCUCCUGGGACUGGAAACACAGGGCAGGGCCCUUCGAGCUGAACCAAGCCUCCCCCACUCAGAGCCUUUCCCCAGCUCCAUCCGUGGAGUCCUACUCUUCUUCUCCGUGUCCUGCUGGGGCCGGGCUGCCCUGUGGGCACGGCAGGGCUGACAGCGCAGGCAGUGCUAGCUGCAGUGGCCGUGGAGCCAGUGGCCUGGUACAGGUGGACUACAACAUGUUAGCUUUCCAGCCUGCUUAUCUCCAAGGCCCUGGGGGCCCUAAGGCUCAGAAGGGCACCAAAGUGAGGAUGUCUGUCCAGCGGAGGCGGAAGGCCAGCGAGAGGGAGAAGCUCAGGAUGAGGACGUUGGCGGAUGCCCUACACACCCUUCGGAAUUACCUGCCACCGGUCUACAGCCAGAGAGGCCAGCCGCUCACCAAGAUCCAGACGCUCAAGUACACCAUCAAGUACAUCGGGGAACUCACAGACCUCCUCAACAGCGGCCGGGAGCCCAGACCUCAGAGUGUGUGA